CCGUCCUCUCCAGUCUCCUCCUCUCUCUGCAACCCAAAUUGCAAUACUCUCUCUGUUGCGUCUAUCAAAUCCUAAAACACCACUUUAGUAGUUGAACAUAAACAUGGUGAAUGAAGAAGUAGUUGUAAUCAAGAGCCCGCAUCAAAACUCAAGGAACCCUCCUCAAAAAUCAAAAGAAGUUGCCCAAAAUGGAGGAGAUAGAAAAGAGACCUUGUUCAGCCCCAGGUUCAGAUCCGUGGCAGCAAUGGCUGGCUGGGACGAGGAGGCUCUUAUGAUGGCCAGUAUUGUAGUUGAAGACACCCCAGAUAGGCAUUUCAAGCAAAAGAAACGCCCCACUUUGCAAAGUCUCAAGACUCCCCCUACGAAUUCAAGAAGAAAACGCAGAGUGCAAAGGAGGAGUCCUUCUUCUCUGCCAGUGGUUGCUCUUGAUCUUGAGGAUGACGAGACUCCAACAGAAUCAGAGACCAAGAAAGAGAUGACAGAAUCAACAACUGUUCGAGAUGAAGAGAAUAAAAGAAGUGGAAGUCAAUCCGAUGCACAGAGUUCCAUUAUUUCCCCUUCCAGUUCAGCUAUUCCAUGCAUCGAUCGACUUCGUGAAGAGCUUUCUUGUGCAGUUUGUUUGGAGAUUUGUUUUGAGCCCAGCACAACUCCUUGUGGGCAUAGUUUUUGCAAAAAGUGUUUGAGAUCCGCUGCUGAUAAAUGUGGAAAGAAAUGCCCAAAAUGCAGGCAGCUAAUCAGCAAUGGAAGGUCCUGCACGGUGAAUACAGUUCUUUGGAACACAAUUCAGAUGCUAUUUCCACAAGAAGUUGAAGCCAGAAAGGCAGCCGGUGCUUUAAAUAGUCGCGAAGUUCAGCGUCAGAGUCCAACAAGACCGAAUCAUACUAAUGCUAGGAACAGAGCUGUUCAAGCGUUAAGCAGUCCCGAGUCAGGACAUCGCAGCCCCAGCAGCAGAAGGGUUAUCAGAUUACCAGAAGACAGAGUGUCCAGCCUUCUAGGUUGUCGAGGAGGAGAAAUGAGUUGCCAAGCCAGGAUCAGGAUGCUGCAUUGGCUUUGAGAUUGCAAAGAGAAGAGUUUAUGGGGGCAUUUAGGGGACCUGAUGAUGAAUAUAGAAACUCUUUUGCAAUGGCAAGAGCUAACUUGCGGGCUAUGGCAUCUCGGGCCAUUAGAGCUAGAGGGCUCUAGCAUUAGUGAUGUUCUGCACUUUUACUUUGUUGCUUAGUCUUCUGGCAUUUUCUGUCAAUUGUAUGCCUAGUUGGCUUGGUCCUUUUCCUCAAUGGAAAUAACCUUAAUUAGAUGUCUCAAGAUUUUUCAACCACGCUGAAAAAAAAAUGGUUUCAAGUUCUACCAC